UUUUAAUUUCUACUUACGCUUACUUUCAAGUUUUUUAAAUUGCGGAUUUUUAUUUUUACGGCCGAUUUUUUUAUUCUAUUUUGCGGCCGAUUUUUAAUUUCAUCCUGCGACAUUAUUUUAAUUGCAUUGUAUCAAGCAUUCACCUUUGCCAUUUUUCUAAGCCGGACGUUUCCGGCACGCUGCAUCUGAAUAAUUCACAAUUUGGCAAAUCGAGGAAUCCCGGCACAAUGCCGGUCACAUGCCUGACGGCAUAUCGCGCACGCUGUUAUAAAUAAUUACCUUGUUGUUGACAAUCUUGCCGGUAUCCUGAUUAUCCCGGUAUAAAAGCGCGUUGGAUAUAAUAUGCGUCAAUAAAUGAUGCUGCGAUUCCUCUAUCUCGUGGUCGCCUGGACGACCACCGCCCGGGCGGCGGAAGCGCCGUGGUCCGGGGAGACGGUGCCGAAGAGUGUCCACUAUCCGGGUGAUGUGUUGUUGGGCGGAUUAUUCGCGCUGCACGCCGAGUAUAAUGUCAGCAGCGGCCAGUGCCGGAAGCUGCAGGAAGCCGACGGUGUCGUGCCGCUGGAGGCCACGCUGUACUAUCUGCAGGAGAUUAAUCGCGCCGGGAUAUUGCCCUUUACGCUGGGACUCUUAGCCUUCGAUACAUGUGACUCGCACUCCUUCGCCCUGGAACAAGCCCUCCACUUCAUCCACUCGCACACGCGCCGCGACGACGCCGGCAGCAGCGGUGCCGCCACGAAAGACUUGACGUGCGAGGAGCCGGCACACCGGAUGGACCACGCGGACGGCGGUCACUUUAAUGUGGAGCGGCUAGCCGGGAUCAUCACCGGGCUGCCCAGCUCCGUGACGGUGUCGCUGGCGCAGCUGUUGCGUCUCUUCCGGAUGCCGCAAAUUAGUUUUAUGUCGACCAGUCCCCUGCUGAGCGACAGGAUCCGCUAUGAUUACUUCUUCCGCACGGUGCCCAGCGACGUCAAUCAAGUCCGCGCCAUCAUCGCGCUCCUCAAGUUCUACUCGUGGCAUCAUCUUUCCAUCGUCUACUCGGACGACGAGUACGGGAACCGCGGACUGCAUGAGCUAGAACAGCUGGCCAGUAAUCACAGUCUGUGCAUCGCGAAUAAACUGAAAAUGCCCACGGUUUCCGAGUACGAACGGCUGUACACGUCGCUGGCGUUAUUUGAUGUGCCUUAUGAGCAUAUUCUUAAACAACUUCUCAACACCGACACCAACAUUGUGGUGAUCUUCGCUGAUUACAAAUCGGCGUACAUGCUGUUCGAGACGGUGCACCGGCUGAAGCCCUCACGGGAUUUCGUCUGGAUUGGCUCGGACGCCUGGGGAGGCCGGGAAGAAGUUAUCAAUGAUCACCCGGAAGUCAGCGAAGGCGCCAUUACCGUCCAGCUGAACACCCGCGAACUGCACGCUUUCUCGCAGCACUACAGCGGCCUGCGCCCCACCAGCGCCACCUGUGCACGCAACCCCUUUUUCUGCCGGUUAUGGCAGCAGUGUAGCCAGGCCGGUCGCCGGCGCCGCCACCCGCGGGAGACGGCGGCGGAGUGUGGGAUGCUGUUUGGCGGACGCGGCCGCAGUGGUGCGGCCAACCACCCCGGGGUGGCGUCGGUGCGGAGUAGCGGACCGGUGGCGCACGUGGAUUCCAUUAGGGAACGCAGCGGACACGUGCACGAUUCCGACCAGUGGCAGUCGGCGAUGCAUUACAUUGAGAGUCUUCGGGACGCCGUGUAUGCCUACGCGUACGCCCUCAAGGACAUGCACCGCGUCAAGUGCGGCGUCAACGCCUCGGGACUGUGCCCGGCGAUGCGGCUGAUCCAGGGCGCCGAUGUUAAGCUCCAUCUGACAAAUGUCAGCUUCACCGAGCCGGGCGGAUCGAGUUUCCGUUUCUACCACGGAUCGGAAGGGCAGCCGCGCUACACGAUAAUGAACCUACAGAGCCUGCCCAGCGCCGGCCGCCAGCCAGCAGCAACCGGCCACGCAGCGGGCUAUCAGUGGAAGGAAGUCGGCAAAUACUCGCUGGAUGAAGAGCGGGGAUCAACGCUGAUACUGAAUAGAAGCGCGGCACAGUUCAAGCACUACCAGAAUGAAUUCCCCUCGCAACUUCCCUGCAAAACCUGCGAUAUUGCUGCUAAUGAAGUCCGCAUCGGCCGCGGUGACGCGUGCUGCUCCAAAUGUCUGCGUUGUGAAUUAUGGCAGUAUCCGCAUGAGAAGACGUGCCGCAACUGCCCGGAAGGUCACCUGGUCAACCUGACCUUUUUAUCCGUCCACCGCAACCGCAGCCUAUUCGACGAGAGUGCCUGCGCCCCGGUGGAGGCCGUCUUCCUGGAUUACGACUCGUUGUACGCCGCCCCGGUGCUGGCCGUCAGCAUUGCCGGCUUAAUCGGGACGUGCAUCUGCGCCUGUGUCCUCCUGGCGCACCACAUGACGCCUAUCGUCAAGGCCGCCGGACGCGAACACCUCGGUGUGCUGUUCGGGGCGCUGCUGGGCAGUUACGCCAUGAACUUCAUCAUCCUGCACCGGCCGACGGCGUGGUCCUGCGUGAUGGUCCGUUUUCUGGGCGUCCUGUACGCGCUGUGCAACAGCGCCCUUCUCAUAAAAAUCGCCCGUAUAUACCGCAUCUUCAACACCCAGGAGUGCCACAAGACGCAAAAGCUCAAGUACAUCUCGCCGCGGUCCCAACUGGCUCUCACCGGCAUGUUCGUUUUCAUCGAAGUGGUGAUUAUCGCAGUAUGGACUUGUUUUGAGCCACCGGCCGUCCUGGCCGUGUACCCCACCCGCUACACCCGCGAACUGGUCUGCUCCGAUCUGCACGACCUCAAACUGCUGUCCGGUCUGUGCUAUCCGCUGAUGCUGCUCUUCCCCAUGGCGUAUCUGGCGUUUCGGACGCGCACCUGCCCGGCGGCCUUCUCCGAGGCAAAAUACACCGGCUACGGUAUCUACCUGACCUUUAUCAACGUCCUGACCUUUGUGCUGAUUUAUAUUGGGAACAACGCCAUUCCCAUCCGCGUCAUCACCGUGUGUAUCGGGCUGUGUUUGAACGCCAGUGUCAUACUGGUUACGACAUUUGUCACCAAAGUGUAUAUCAUUUUAUUUCGACCGUACAAGAACUCCAAAGAGCGGAUUAUGGGCAACGGCCGGUUAUCGACGGGACGGCAUACGUACUCCGCCGGGAUGAACUCCAUCACGAAUCUCCCGACGUGUUCGGCCUGCCGGAGUCUCUUAAAUGCGCCAAGUAAUGCGGUGUCCUCGCGGCAUCAGUCCAACCCGGAACUGUCGGCGCCUUUAUCCCACAACGACAUCCUCAAAGCGUUGGAGAUGGGCGACGAUACCAAUAAACCGCGCAGCCGCACCAACACCAUCGAACGCGAUGCUCAUACUGUUAUUUGAUAAAGCUCCCGGUUUUUAUUUACAGAGUGUUUUCUAUUUGUGUGUAUUCCUUUCCCUUGACAUUUCAGAUAUAUUAUUUUGAUUUCUUUUCAUCGCUCUUUUCCUGUGAUAUUUCCUACGCUCCAAUACAGAGAAUGUUUUUUGCUUAACGCAUUUUUAUCUA